GUAGGAAGCAAGUGCUGUCCGAUGACGACAGUGAGGUCAAAGUUGAGCUGCAGACGAAGACAUUCUCGCUUCUGUCCGUGCACGAGCAAAACAAUGCUACGAAGACCACCAACAGCAGAUUUCAAAUCUUUAUCUCAGUGAGCUCCUGUCAUGUAAGUGUCUGAUCCUCACUAUGGAUGAAAGCAGUCUGGAAGAAGCCAUCAAGACCUACAGCGCUCAGCUUCAGCAGGUUGAGGUGGCGUUAUCUGCUGGUUUGGGCUCAGAGGAGCAGGCUGACCUGCUGAAGCUAAAGGAGGACUUGCAGCAGCUCAUUGAGCUCACAGAGUCCAGCCUGGUGUCUGUCAAAAAAAGCCAGUUGCUGGCUUCUUUGGAGGAGCCCUCGACAAACCAAAGUGCCACAUCGGUUCCUCGAGAAGCGGCUUUAGACAAUGAGUUUGCUACUUUCUACGCUGAACUGUCAGAGGACUCUGCUGAGGUGAAACAAAACUCUGAACCUGAUGAGGAGGAGGAGGUGGAUAUAAGUGGAACUAAGGUAUGUGCUCCUUACCGGACCUCAUGGGGAACCCUAGAGUACCAUAAUGCCAUGGUGGUCUGCCCUGAGGAACCUUGACACAUGUUAUGAGUCAAGGGGAUCCUGUCUAUGAUGGCAUAUUUUGUUUUAUGUUGUUUUCUGUAUGUUGCUUGCGGCUGUUUGACUAAUGUGUGUGUUUUCAGGUUCUCUCAUGGUGAGGUGGUGUGUGUAUCAGAGCUCAGGGAAUUCCUGGAGGCUGACAUCAGUAACAUGGAGUCGGGCUCUGCGUGUUUGGCCAAGCAUGAAGAUGGCAUCUGGUACCCGGCCAGAAUAUCAGAGAUUGAAGCUGGGUUGUACACAGUGAAAUUUGACUCGCUGCUGCUGAAGGAGGCUAUGCUGGAGGCUGAUGGGAUCAUUCCUCCUCUUCGUCAGGAUGACAGUUCCUCCUCUUCCUCAUCGGACUCUGAGGAUGAUUCUGACCAGUGUGAUACUGCUUAUGCUAAAGUAUUCACAUCAAGAGAGGAGGACAUAGCCCAGGUAAACAGUGCAGAGUUUUGCGGUUGGGAGGCUCACACACGUGGCAUUGGCUCCAAGCUCUUGCUCAAAAUGGGUUAUGAGCUUGGUAAAGGUUUGGGGAAAACCCUCUCUGGUCGAGUAGAGCCAGUUCAGGCCAUGGUUCUUCCGAAAGGCAGCUCAUUGGACAUAUGUGCUGAGCUCACUCAGAGAAAGACUGCAGCCGCUAUUGCUAAGGACAACCCGGCCUCUCGUAAACCGAAGGCUAAAAAGAGGAAAGCCUCCACAUCAACACGCCACAAUGUUUUUGAUUUCCUGAACUCGAAGCUUGGUGGCACAGCUCAGCCUGCGUCUCAUUCAUCAAGCUCAACAGUCACAGGUGUAGAGGCCUACCGGGGCAGAAAGAGCACCAAACGUUCCCUGAAUGUUCGUCUGUUCCAGGCUACGGAGAAAGUAGCUCAAGUGGAGAAAGAGAUCCAGCAGCUCACUAAGUCUCUCAGUAGACGAAAUGGAAGGGAUGCGACAGUGGUCAGUAGAAUCGAGGAGAAGCUCACUGCUUCCCGCAAGUUGCUGGAGCAGCUGAGGGCUCAGGAACAGUCCAUCCAGAGAGAGCAGAAGAAAGCAGACACACACAAGAAAAUGACUGAAUUCUAAUAAAUCUACUGUCUUUUUUGCUGUUAUUUGGGAUUUAGUUUAAUGUGUAUAAACUUUAAUACAGCUAUUGGUUAUAUCAAAACUUUAUAAACAUAUCAGUACGAUAAUGAAUGUGUGAAAUGCAUUUUCAUUUGUUUAUAGCCCAUCAGAAUCUUG